UUCAUCCUGACUAGUUUUUGCUUCUUUUAUCUCCACAGAAAGGGAUUCUAAUUUAUUUUUGACUCCAGCUAGUAUUCUUAUUAUCGUGAUUCUAAAUUCUGGUUCAGACAUCUUGCUUGUAUCUGUGUUGGUUAAAUCCCUGGCUGCCGUUGCUUUGUGCUCUUUCUUUUGGGGUGAAUUCCUUUGUUUUGUCAUUUUGAAGGGAGAAAAGGAGUUAAUGAGGUAGAAAAAUUGAAAUUUAAAAACAUUAAAAUUUAAAAAAAUAUUAAAAUUAAAAAAUUACAUGCACACACACACACGCAUGCAAAUCUAAUAAAUGAUGCUAGAUCCUAGGUGUGUUUUGGUCUGGGUGUUGAAAGUCUUUUGACAGAUUAGAGAAAAAAAAUGGGGGGAAGAAAGAAAAUCGUUUGAGAAUUUGAAAUAAUGCAUACACUGAAUUAGACUAAAAUGAGAUGAUAGGAGUAAAAUAGAAUUUGAAAAAAUUUACACAGAAGUAAAGAAUAUAGUAGAAAAAAUUAAAGAAAGAUUUUUUAAUAGGAUUUAAGAAUAAAAAUGAUGUUUUCUCUUUCUGUAUUCAAGAAAAGGAAAGAAAUGAAAAAGAGACAAAAGAAAAAAAAGGAAAUUGUUUGAAAAUUUGAAACAAUGAAUACACUGUAGUAGACUUAAAUAAAACGAUGGAAGUAAAAUAGAAUUUGAAAAAAUUUACGUACAAGCAAAAAAUAAAGGAAAAUAUUUUUAAUAGAAAUUGAAAGUAAAAAUGAAGUUUGUCUCUUUCUGCAUUCAAGAAAAAGAAAAGAAACGAAAAAGAGAAAAAAGAAAAAAAAAGACAUCAUUUGAAAAUUUGAAAAAGUGAAUACACUGACAUAGACUAAAAUGAAAUGAUGGAAGUAAGAUAAAAUUUGAAAAAAUUACACAAAAGUAAAAAGUAUAGUAAAAAAAUUAAAAUUAUUUUUAAUAAAAAUUGAAAAUAAAAAUGAAUUUUUUUCUAUUUCUGUAUUCAAGAAAAAGAAAAGAAAUGAAAAAGAGAAAGAAGAGGGAAAAAAGGAAAUUGAACAUUUGAAAAAGUGAAUACACUGUAGUAGACUAAAAUAAAAUAAUGGAAGUAAAAUAGAAUUUGAAAAAAUUUACAUACAAGGAAAAAAUAUAGUAAACAACUAAAGGAAAAUAUUUUUAAUAGAUAUUGAAAGUAAAAAUGAAGUUUCUCUCUUUUACAUUCAAGAAAAACAAAAGAAAAAAGAAAAAAAGGAAAUCAUUUGGAAAUUUGAAAAAGUGAAUACACUGACAUAGACUAAAAUCAAAUGAUGGAAGUAAGAUAGAAUUUGAAAAAAUUUACACAAAAGUAAAAAAUAUUAAAAAAAAUUAUUUUUAAUAAAAAUUGAAAAUAAAAUGAAUUUUUUCUGUUUCUGUAUUCAAGAAAAAGGAAAGAGCUGAAAAAGAGAAAAAAAAAGAAAAUUGAAUACAUGGACCUGCUAACAGAUUGAAAUAGGACUGAAAUGACUUCGUUUUCCCCUAGAAGUCAGACUCUGAAGCGCUUUAUAGUCCAUAAACUAAGUAGGCAGUGAGACUUCUGUUCUUGAGGAGCGAGGUUGGCCCAGUUGGGCGGGGCUCAGUGUAACGGCUACGUCCUCCACCAGGUGGCGCUGCUCGCCUUCUGGGGUGGAGUGUUGCGGCGCUCUUGGGUGCGUAUGCGCAUGCGCGGCAGAGGUGCAAAUGGCGUCAGCCACCUACCCGGUCUGUUCUCCCGGGUCAGCAAUCACGCGCCCGUCCUCCGUCUUCAGCCCUCGGCCACACCCCGCUUUCUCACUGUCCGUGACCAGGCCCCAGGCAGUACCUCUCUCCCGAGUUCUGUCUCAGACGUGGCUGUUUUCCCCGGCCCCUUACUUCUGAAGGACCGCGGCUCUGACCCGUUCCGCCCUCUGCGGGAGGGUCUCACCCAGCAAUGGCGAAGGAGCAAUGGCCGAGUGUCGGCCACACUCAGGAACGCUUGCUGGACCCUGCUGCUGCCGGUGCCCGAGACUGCGGCCGGGUGCCGCCCGCCCCAGAAAAAGUUUGCGAGAUGGUGUAGCAGGUGCUUUUCAGGGAUGAUGGAAACUCACAACAUGCAUCUGGCACCAGGCUUCACCCUUAACGAGGGUGCUUGUUCCAGCCCCAGCGAAUGUGGCCGUUUUCUGGGGUCUGCCGGGACCAGGGGACUUCAACCGUCUCCACCAAGUGUCCUUCCAGCAGUGGAACCGUUUUUCCCCGUGUGGCCCGAGAACCUCCCGGACCCCACCCUGCUCCUGGGGAUUCGCCCUUCCCAUCAGAGCACCGCCAGUCCACAUCAGGAACGACAAGGAGUGAAGGGUAGCCAGUACUAAAUAGUUCCACGUUUUCGGAAUAUGUGAACCACCAACAUGUUGCAGUAAGUAAGCCACACUUUUUGGAUUUCCAGGUAUAUCUUUCAAAGUUCUUAUGUUUACUUACCCAGAAGAAUGUUUUGUGAAAAUUCAAUUCCUUUUUUCCUAAAUCUUUAACCCCUACCCACAAUGAAAA